GUCAGUCGCGCGUGAAGUUGUGUUGACAGGGGUGGCGGAGUUGUCAGCGGAGCAGCAGCAGUAGCAGCCAGCUUUACCGGACCCGAAUGGAGUAACCUGAAAUUUCCGGCUCCGUCUCAGUUUUUUUUUUUUCGCCACGAAGCGUUGUCCACACCGUUUUUAAGAUACCAACAUGGCAGACGACCAGUCCGCUCAGUCCUGGUCGAUCGACAGGGACGAUUACGAGCUCAACGAGGUGAUAGGUAGUGGAGCUACUGCAGUUGUCCAAGCAGCUUUCUGCAAGCCGAGAAACGAGAAGGUGGCCAUCAAACGCAUCAACUUGGAAAAAUGUCAGACUAGCAUGGAUGAAUUACUGAAAGAGAUUCAGGCCAUGAGCCAGUGCCACCAUCCAAACAUUGUGUCUUAUUAUACCUCCUUUGUGGUGAAGGAUGAGCUGUGGCUGGUGAUGAAGCUGCUAAGUGGCGGCUCAGUUUUGGACAUCAUAAAACACAUCAUCUCCCGCGGCGAGCACAAAACGGGCGUGCUUGACGAGGCCAGCAUCGCCACCAUCCUGAGGGAAGUCCUGGAGGGGCUGGAGUACCUUCACAAAAACGGGCAAAUUCAUCGGUUAGUUCUAAGGACGAGCCACCGCCGGCUGACGUCAGCCCGGGCUGAGCGCCUGGUCUGA